AUGACCCUCUUAGUUGACGAGGAAUUAGCAUUAUCAACAGACGAAAUAUCAAAGGAAACAGUUCCAGAACAAUUAAAAACAAAACGAAGAAGAUGCCGAAAGUCCAUCAUUGUGUCUAUUAUGUCAGCAGCAGUAUCCAUGGUGACGUUUCUUGCUUUUGUGGGAGUUCUCGUCUAUGUCCGAAAUGUUUUUAAGACAUCUCUGGAAGAUCACUGGAAAUUGCCACACAACACUCCAGCAUAUUCUCGGAACGAAUCGUUUCACGGGAAUUUUCCUGUGGCGUACAUGGUUCUAGACACGACUUCGUUAUCAGAUGGACACGAGUUUCUAAGAUGGAAAAAUUACAAAAACCAGACAUACACCAAGGGAGGACUAACGUACUCCAGUGGAUUUUUUAUAAUCCCCAAAAGUGGUUUUUACGACCUUCACUCGACACUGAGCAUUGAGACGCAUCUUAAGGCAGGCAUGGGCGAUGUCAUGAUUUACAGCUGCAUUGUGACGUCAUCAGGAAUUACCUUAGGCUGUAACCGAAUGAGGCAGAAGAAGGGAUGGGCAGGACAUAGCGAAAUCUUAGUGCUCUCCAGGUGGUUAGAGAAAGGGGAGAGAAUCGGCGUGACUCUGGCACCAAAGUCCACGAAAUCUCUGAUACACGGCAACCCGACAGAAAACACCUUUGUAAUCCGACAAAUUAGAUAG